AUGGAGACGGUUCUCCCCCUGCCGUUCCUCGUCAGUGUCGCCGUCCCUCCGGGAUUGGCCAAGCUCGACGGCCUCAGUCGCGAAGAGGUUUCCAUCCUCGCCAGCCCGUUCCUCGAGGCGUCGCCGCAGAUCCUCGACAAGCUCUUCCGCUUCUUCAAGCGCCACAGCUCCGAGUUCCACGCCCACAUCGACGCCUCGGCGCUGUCGUCCACGGACGAUGUGUAUGCGCUGCUCGAUGGCGGGGCUCGCACCGUAUUCGUUGCGCCCGAGUCGCUGUCACAAUACGCUGAGCUGGGCGCCAGAGUGCUGCCGGCUGUGUCGAAGCUCGACCUCUCUGCGGCCUCUGAGCACGGCCUCCUGAUCAAGGACUUUGACCCCAAGGCUUCCAAUGUCGACAAGUUUGCCGAGGAGGCGCGGGCCCAGAAGCUCAAGGUGCUCUACCUGAAGCCGGUGCCGGAUGUCGCUCUCGACCACUUCAUCGAGGUCGCCACAAAAUGCAAUGCGAUCCCCGUCCUGCCCUCGACCGGACUGACGACCGACAAGACCGAUAGCAGCAAGCUUCUGCUUUCCAAGGCCAUUGCGACAUACUGGAAGUCGGACCGCGCCGAUGGCCUCAUCCCGACGGUGGUGACUGAUGUGCACGGGAUUGCCCUGGGGCUGGCUUACACGAGCGAGGAGAGCAUUUUGGAGGCGCUGCGGACGCAGACGGGCGUCUAUCAGAGCCGCAAACGAGGGCUGUGGGUGAAGGGAGCUACUUCUGGAGACACUCAGGAGCUUGUCCGCAUCGCGCUGGACUGCGACAAUGACACGCUCAAGUUUGUCGUCAACCAGAAGGGCCGCUUCUGCCACCUCGAGCAGUUUGGCUGCUUUGGCGAGUUGACCGGCAUUGCGAGGCUGGAGCAGACGCUCAAGUCCAGGAAAGAGUCUGCCCCUGCGGGCUCAUACACCGCCAGGCUCUUCUCCGAUGAGAAGCUGCUGCGGGCAAAGAUCAUGGAGGAGGCCGAAGAGCUGUGCGACGCCAAGACCCCGGAGGAGGUUGCCUUUGAAGCCGCUGACCUGAUCUACUUUGCUCUCACGCGGGCUGUUGGCGCUGGAGUCAGUCUGGCAGAUAUUGCUGCCAACCUGGAUGCAAAGGGCCUCAAGGUCAAGAGGAGGACGGGCGACGCCAAGGGCAAAUGGGCCGAUAAAGAAGGAAUCAAGCCGUCUGCUGCCGCGGCCCCGGCGAAGCCAGCUGAAGCCGAAAAGCCCAAGAGUGACCGGAUCGCCAUGCGGAGGAUCGACGCGGUCAGCGCCACAGAGGCAGAGCUGCUCGAGAUCCUUAAGCGGCCGUCACAAAAGUCUCCCGAUGCCAUCCUCAAGAUCGUCACCCCGAUCAUCGAAGAUGUUCGCAAGAACGGAGACAAGGCCGUCCUUUCUUACACUCACAAAUUUGAAAAGGCCACCUCCUUGACAUCGCCAGUCCUCAAGGCCCCCUUCCCCAAGGAGCUGAUGCAGCUCCCCGAGGAGACCAUCAAGGCCAUCGACACCUCGUUCGAAAACAUCCGCAAGUUCCACGCCGCCCAAAAGGACGACAAGACGCUCCAGGUCGAGACCAUGCCCGGCGUCGUCUGCAGCCGCUUCUCGAGGCCGAUUGAGCGCGUCGGCCUCUACGUCCCCGGCGGCACCGCCGUCCUGCCCAGCACGGCGCUCAUGCUCGGCGUCCCCGCCAUGGUGGCCGGCUGCAAGAAGAUUGUCCUGGCGUCUCCGCCCCGUGCCGACGGCAGCGUGACGCCCGAGAUCGUCUACGCCGCCCACAAGGUCGGCGCCGAGAGCAUCGUCCUCGCCGGCGGCGCCCAGGCCGUCGCCGCCAUGGCCUACGGCACCGAGAGCGUCAGCAAGGUCGACAAGAUCCUCGGCCCCGGCAACCAGUUCGUCACGGCGGCCAAGAUGCACGUCAGCAACGACACCAACGCCGGCGUCAGCAUCGACAUGCCCGCCGGCCCGUCCGAGGUCCUCGUCAUCGCCGACAAGGACGCCAAUCCCGCCUUCGUGGCCUCCGACCUGCUCUCCCAGGCGGAGCACGGCGUCGACAGCCAGGUCAUCCUCAUCGCCGUCGACCUCACCGAGGAGCAGCUCCAGGCCAUUGAGGACGAGGUGCACAACCAGGCGCUCGCCUUGCCUAGAGUCGACAUUGUGCGCGGCUCCAUUGCCCACUCCGUGUCUGUCCUCGUCAAGACGAUUGACGAGGCCAUGAGGAUCAGCAACGAGUACGCGCCCGAGCAUCUGAUCCUGCAGAUCAAGGACGCCGCCAAGGUCGUCGACCUCGUCAUGAACGCGGGCAGUGUCUUUAUCGGCGAGUGGACGCCCGAGAGCGUUGGCGAUUACUCUGCCGGUGUCAACCACUCACUACCAACCUACGGCUUCGCCAAGCAGUACUCGGGCGUCAACCUCGGAUCCUUCCAGAAGCACAUCACCAGCUCCAACCUCACGGCCGAGGGCCUUCGCAACGUCGGCGGAGCAGUCAUGCAGCUGGCCAAGGUCGAGGAGCUCGAAGCUCACAGGAGAGCGGUGGAGAUUCGCAUCAAGCACAUGGACGGACAAAAGUAA